AGGCUUUUGGUGUUAUGAAUCCCCGCUGAGGAUCAAUCCCAAUUCCUUGGUGGCCUGGACAGGAUCCUGUGUCUUAAUCCCGUGUCAAAUUGAGGAAAGAAUAAAUUCUAAGAAAAUUGUUGCCACUUCUGUGGUUUGGUAUUUUCAGCCUAUUUUGAAUAUGACUUUAUUUGACUAUGUUGGCAGCGUCUUAUACAAUAAUUCCAGAAUCCCAAACGAGGAUGCAAACCUACCAACUAUUGGUUUUGAGGGGCGAGUGAGGUUUGUUGGGGAUUUAACCAAAGGAAAUUGCAGCUUGAUGAUUACUCAGCUCCAGAAAAAAGACAAUGGCACAUAUGUGAUAAAAGUCACUGCAUCUGUGGAAAAUCAAAGUAAUCCACAGAUACUUCAUACUUCAGCUACACUGAAAGUUUCUGAUUUGUUUCCAAGUCCCAAAUUGGAAAUCUUGAAAUGCCAAGAAAGGUGGGCCCUGCAAGUGGUUUGUUCUGUGCCUUCCCAUUGCCCAGAAGAUCCAAUAACAAUGAAUUUCAAAGGCCUAGAGAAGCAUUACCUGACUUCAGAAACUAUGAUGAUGGAUGAUGGAGUACUGCGGAAGACAGUCACCAUUCAACCAACUGCGAAACCUCGGAAGAAAACAAUAACCUGCCAAUUGAGCAACAAGGACAUGUCACAGAAAUCAUCCAUCAUCCAGGAGCUAGACAUGAAAAAUUGUCCCAAUGAUGUCCAGGUUUUCAUUGUGAAUGAUCCACUCAUAAAAGAAGGAGAUAUUGUCACUUUGAACUGCUCUGUGGGUGGUAGUACCUCUAGUACCAUCUGGUUCAACUGGUGGAAGAUUGAUCUCCAUGUAGCUAAUUUUAAAUACAGCAGUUUAAAGCUGUUGACCUUCCCUGCACAUUUUGGACCAGUGACAUCAUACAAAUGUGAAGCAUGCAAUACUUAUGGCUGCACUUCAUCUCCGCUGCUCACUGUGGAUAUCUUCUUUGCUCCCAGGGAAGUCAACAUUCGGAAAAAUCCAGGAGGCCAGAUUGAUGAAGGCAUGAAUGUUGUGCUGCAUUGCGAAGUGGGUGAAGCAAACCCCACAAAUCUCUUUUAUACGUGGUAUAAAGAUGGGGAAAUGAUUUUAUUGGAUUCUCCCCAUGCAUACUUGAACCUUACAAACAUAGAUCCAGCACAAACUGGCAGCUACUGGUGUGAAGCCGGUAACAGUGUGGGCAAGGCACUUUCUCCAAAAAUCACACUUCAUGUUAUCUGUUUCCAUUGCGAUGAAAAUCCAAUAAGCAUAGUUCCUAAUUCUUUGUUUGCUUGGGAAAAAUCCUGCGUGGUGAUUCCAUGCCACAUCAAUCAAAUGCCCAGUUCUGGAACAGUCAACGCCACAGGCAUAGUGUGGUAUUUUAAGCCUUUUGGAAACAAUAUCUGGAGCGAGGGGAAAACUAUCCUGUUGUACAACAGUUCUCAAACCUCUGGAACCAUUACAACUGUAUCUGAUAAUGCUUUACCGAGCCGGACAUGGCUCAUUGGGAAUUUAACCAAUAGAGAUUGCAGCUUGCUGAUCAGUCCAGUGCGAACACUUGACAGUGGAACGUAUGAAGUAAAGGUGACUGUUUCAGUUGACAAGCACCCAUGGCAAUUCAAGCGGUUCCUUACUGCUACACUGAAUGUCACAGAGUUACCUCCAGAGCCCACCCUGGAAACUGUUCCUGUAAAGACCCAAGAGAAAAAGCUAACCCAAGUGAUAUGUUCAGUACCUUACCGCUGCCCUCAUAAGCUAGUAAACUUGACUCUCAAUGGUUUAGAAGAGGAGCACUUUCCACCGCAAAAAAGGACAGUUGGAAAUGGAGUGAUUCAGACUGCCCUGAGCUUUGAACCAACGUGGGAGGACAAUGGGAAAAUGCUGAGCUGUUUGUUCAAGUCAGGGGCAGAAGUGUUAUCUCAAAGCACUAUGAAGUUGGACGUGAGAUAUGCUCCCAAGGAUGUCCAGCUUGUUAUUUUAAAUGAUCUGCCCAUUAAGGAUGGAGAUACCAUCGCGAUGAGCUGCUUUUUUGGCAGUAGUAAGCCCAGCGAUAAUUGGUACAACUGGUUUAAGUCAGAUCCCUCUACGAUUGAAUAUAAAUAUAGUGGUCCAAAUUUAAUGACCUACCCUGCAACAUCUGGACCUUACAACACUUCUUAUGAAUGUGAAGUAUGCAACAGGAUUGGCUGCACUGCAUCUGCAGUAGUCACAGUGGAGGUCUUGUCUGCUCCCAAGGAGGUGAAAAUUCUGCAACAGCCAGAGGGGCGCGUCCAUGAAUUUGCCAAGGUUGAUCUGAAAUGUGAAGUGGAAACAGCAAAGCCCAUGGAUCUGACUUUCAAAUGGUAUAGAAAUGAAGAACUGCUGGAUUUUACAGCCCAUGUCCUGAGCAUCUUCAAAACAGAUCCCAACCAUUCGGGCAUUUAUCACUGUGAAGCCGAAAACAGGGUGGGGAGAUCACGGUCCCCGGCUUUUACACUGCAUGUAGUUUCUUCAAAGCAUUAACCUUUGAGGAACAGAAGAAUGGAAAAAGACUCUGACAUGGAGAAUGAAUGGGUCCCAUUGGAAGACCUGGAAGAAGUGAAAUGGAGAAGAGAGGAAAAGAAAGAGAAUUCAUGCUAUUUUCUUGUGAAUUUGGAUUUAUUUUACUUUACUUCAUUUUAACUGUUACUUGAACAUGUUUUUAAAGAAAGAAAACUAUAAUUUUUUUUUUAAAUAAAAAAGGACAUUCUUAGAA